AUGGUCAAGGAUGCUAAAGCUCUCGGCAUCAUUCACGGGGCUGUGUCGGAUGAAAUUUUCCCAAGGAUCGCCAAACUAGAGACGACAAAAGAAGCUUGGGAUGUACUGAAGCAACAGUUUGUUGGUGACAAGCAGAGUUAUGGUGAAGAUAUUGGAAAUCAAAGAAUUGUGCGGAAGUUGUUAAUUAAUCUUCCUAAAUCUUAUGAUAGUAUUGUUAAUGUGAUUGAAAAUACUAGGGAUUUGGAGAUUGUUGAUGUGCAGGAUGUUGUUGCUACUCUAAAAGGGUAUGAACAACGAAUUGAGAGGCAUUCUGAAAAUAGCAGUGAGAAGGCAUUUGCUAGUUUGAGUAUAGCUCCCAAGAUGAACAAUUAUAAUGCCAAUCAAAAUUUCAAAUCAACAAAGAAUUGGAAGACAAAUGGUAAAAAGUGGGAUAACAAACAUGUGCAUCAACAAGGGAAAAUUGUUGGAACUUCUGAUGAAGCCAAUAACCCUUGCAAAUAUUGUGACAAAUUGCACUUUGGAGAAUGUUGGUUCAAGGGGAAACCAAGGUGUCAUAAUUGUGAUAAGCCAGGCCAUUUUGCCAAAGAUUGCAGGUCUAAGAAAGCUACUAAGCAAGUGAAUUAUGUUGGUCAAGUGGAGAACACUCCAACAAUAUUUUAUGUAUAUAUAUCAGCUGCGGUGAAGAAGGGUGAAGACAUUUGGUAUGUUGAUAGUGGCUACAACAAUCACAUGACAGGGAGAAAAGACCUCUUGGUGAAUAUUGAUAGAAGUGUCACUGCUAAAGUUGAGAUGGGCACAUGGCAAUUGGUCAAUGUAGUUGGAAAAAGGUGA